CUUUGGAUGAGAAGCUAUAAUUGGUAAUGUUGAGAGGAACAACUACUCCAAUUUUGACUUCGGAGGAGAAGCUAUAAAAAAAUUGUGUAAAAGUCUAGACAAUAAUUUAGAGUACCUAACUUGUGAAAAUUUUUAUUUCAACAUCAGUUUUUGAGUUUUUAAGAGCUACUGUGUUCUCAUGUUCACACUAUAUUAUGACUUUGUCAACAACUUGUGUAUGAAUUGUGACCACAGAUUAUAAUAGACUCUUCUAGUCAUAAUUGUGAAGUUACUUUCUACAUCAAACUCUUUUCUGAUUUUAUGAAAACAUAUCAGUCUUAGAAGCCAAACACAAAUUAAGCACUAUGCCUAUAAGAAUAUCCAAUAGACUAAUAAAGAAAAAGUUAUGGCGAAUAUUAGGUUUUUUUUCAAGUAUCGUUGGACUGAUUUCUUAUGCAUUCAGCUCUUCUUUCAAUCAUCUUUUUGGAGAAUGGAACUCCUUCAAAAUCGUUGUUUACACGGUGGUAAGUUUCAUUAUCAGUAGCAUGAUGUUAUUUUUGAAAAGAUUGAAACUUUCAAGGAGGUUCUUGAUGAAAGCUCAUUUGGGUGUUCUUGUUUUGUUGCUAACAUCUUUGUACUCUUUUGUAUCUGAUAAUAAAGAUUUGAAUGGGAAACCAGACCUGUUGAGUCUGAUUUCGUGUGCAGCCUUUGCUUUAAUGUCUUUUUGCUUAUCAAGGCAUAUUGAUCUUGGCUUUGAAUCUGAUCUCCUCAAUUUCUUCCUUGGGAUUUUUACUCUUCAAUUGAUGAAAAUCAAUUUGAUGCUAUCGAUUGUGGCUGCAAUCUUCUGUUAUUCUCUUAUGGUUCUCCGUUCUAAUUGGGAUUCUCGCCGCGAAAUUAGAAAUUUGAGAGUGGAACAUGGUAGCGAUCUUCGUGAUGUACCCAUAGACGUCGAUGUUUUAGAUAAUAGUAGCCAACAGAACCAGAACCAGUCUUCAAGAAGAAGGUUCAAUCAUGAUGAUGGGUAUAAUUGGAAAAAAUAUGAAGAUAAAUUAGGAAAAGGAAAUGAAAACCAGAGAAGCUAUUAUAAAUGUGCUUGGCCUAAUUGUGGUGUGAAGAAAAAAGUCGAGAGAACAAUCGAUGGAGAUAUAAUUAAGACACUAUACAAAGGUACGCAUAAUCAUUGCUGGCCUACUGCUAUAAGGAAGAGGAACUCGUCAUCGGAAUAUCUUUAUUCACUUUUGCCUUCAGAUACUCGCCCCAUUGACUUGCGAGAUCAAUCAUUUCACAGAGAAGAUGUGGAUUUUGAUGCAGAACAUGAAAGCUCAUCACUGUCUAUAUGAAAUGUUGAUAAUAUUUCAACAGAGAACAAAUGAGCUGUUUCAAUUCAAAGGUUUGUGUCAGCUAGUUUGAUAGAGGGUAGCACUAUCUUUAUUUUCGUACACACACUUCACCUCACGGUGCGGGCUAGUAAAACUGACAUGGACCAUACAUUUAUUUGAAACUCCACAUGUCAAAAUUACCCUUCAACAAUGGAUAACGAGAAAAUGCCAACAGUAAUGGGGAUGACGUCUUAUCGGAGAUGAAGUCUUAUCGGAGAUGUAGUCCGCUACACAAGAGUUGUGUCGCGUCAACGAAGCUUUGUUUUUUCUUAUUAAUGUAACUAUCUUUUCUCGGUAAGUUUAUCUAAAGGAAAAUGAAUAUGUAAUUUCAUACGAAUAGCAUCAAUCAACUUUCCACUGUCAUUG